CAUAGCAUUAAGCCUCCCUGAACUAAUAAGAGGUGACCCACCAAACCCCCCUCGCACCACACUGUCCGGGUUUCAUCUGGGCACUGAACUCCCAACUUUGACCUUAUCUAGGAAGCGAAAAAACGGAUGACGAUUGAGGCAGGGUUGCCACCGGCGAGUUUUCUGCUGUCAGACUGGAUGGAAAUCGACAGAUCACUUUUGGGGCGUCUGUGAAACAUAUGAAGCGUCUUUCUUUCGCAACUUUUUUAAAGCGUCUUCUCCAUGAUCUGCUGUGACGUGUCCCGCUGAGCUUAUCUGGCCCAUUUGAGAGCGCCUGCCAGCCGAGAGACGAUAUUCUAAUAUAGAAACAGAAACCAACACUUACUAAUCAAACAUGGCACCGGCCGUUGGAGGUCCAGUCGGCUACACCCCACCGGAGGGCGGUUGGGGAUGGAUGGUGGUGAUCGGGGCCUUCAUCUCAAUUGGUUUCUCUUAUGCGUUUCCCAAGUCCAUCACUGUCUUCUUCAAGGAAAUUGAAGUCAUCUUCAAUGUUAGCAGCAGCCAGGUUUCCUGGAUCUCCUCUAUUAUGUUGGCAGUCACAUACGGCGGAGGUCCCAUCAGCAGCAUUUUGGUGAAUAAAUAUGGAAGUCGACCUGUCAUGAUGCUGGGAGGGUGUCUUUCCGGACUGGGCCUUGUUGCUGCCUCUUUCUGCAACUCUGUCCAAGCUCUGUAUUUUUGCAUUGGUGUAGUGGGAGGACUGGGAUUGUCCUUCAACCUAAACCCCGCCCUCACGAUGAUCGGAAAAUACUUCUACAAGAGGCGACCCAUUGCCAAUGGCAUAGCCAUGGCUGGCAGUCCAGUCUUUCUGUCCACGCUGGCGCCACUCAACACAUGGUUUUACGACCAAUUCGGCUGGAGAGGAAGCUUCCUCAUCCUGGGAGGCCUGCUGCUCAACUGCUGCGUCGCCGGUUCCCUCAUGCGGCCAAUCGGACCGAAGCCAAAACCGGUGGAGAAGACUGUGGGGAAGAGAAACUGUUCGCAGAUCAUGAACAGCUUCCUCGACCUGUCUUUGUUCAAACACCGUGGCUUUUUGCUUUACAUUUCAGGAAAUAUUAUCAUGUUUUUUGGCCUUUUUGCACCACUAGUGUUCCUGAGUAAUUUUGCAAAGAGCAAAGACAUCCCCAAAGAGAAAGCAGCUUUCCUACUAUCCGUUCUGGCCUUUGUCGACAUGGUCGCCCGGCCCGCUAUGGGUAUGGUGGCCAACACUAAAUGGGUCCGGCCCAGGAUUCAAUACUUCUUUGCUGCUUCUGUACUCUACAACGGCGUGUGUCACGUUUUUGCACCUAUGUCAGUUGACUACAAAGGAUUUGUGAUUUACUCCAUGUUCUUUGGUUUUGCUUUCGGCUGGCUGAGCUCCGUUUUGUUUGAAACCCUGAUGGACCUGGUUGGAGCCCAAAGAUUCUCCAGUGCUGUUGGCUUGGUCACCAUUAUUGAAUGUGGCCCCGUGUUGCUGGGGCCACCUUUGCUAGGGAAGUUCAAGGACAUCUACCAUGACUACAAGUACACGUACCAAGGCUGUGGGAUCCUCUUGAUCGUCUCCAGUUUCUUUCUCUUCAUGGGCAUGGGCCUCAACUACCGGUUGCUGAGGAAAGAGAAGAAAGAGGAGGAGCGCAUUGCCAGAGUAGGAGAUCAUAAACCCUACAGGGACAGUGCGGCCAAGGUCGUAGAGGCCAGGAACACAGAUACUGUUUAAGCGUUUUGGUCUCCUUACUAGUCAAUUUGUUUAAUAUCGUUGACAAUAAGCCUGAAAAUAUCCUGCCUCAAUAAGGAUAAAUCUCAGGUUGACAUCCAAUGUGAUGACCUCAAGAAAUACACAUUUAUAUUGUACCGUCACAUGCACUUAAAUAGAAAAUAUUUAUGAUAUAUAAUCAUUUUGAAAUAGGGACUGUUUUGUGUUUGGUUGGAAUAACCACUGUAAUUCACUUUGUACAUCCAAUCAGUAACAACUGUUACUUCCCUGCCUUAUAAUACAAAGUAUGUUUUUUCUUUCUCUGAUAAAUAAAUGUAGUCAUGGUGAGAGUUCAGCAGAGGGCUUUAAUUCCUUAAGGACAGUAUGUACUGCACAUUCUCUGUAAAAGGGCAUAAUUAUCAUACAUGCAUCAUUUUGUUCAGCUAACAAAUGUUAGUAUAUUAACCCAACUAUUUUUGUCUUUCUGGGACAUGUUUUGCAAUGAGGACAUGGAGACCUCUUGCACCUUCUUGUACAGGAAAAUGCCCUAUUCGCUGAAUUACUUCACACAAGUUAUACAUUAUGUAUUCACAAUUACAGAGCAACUUUGGAACUUCCCAAUUGUAUAUUCUUGCCUCACUCAAAUAAACAGAAAAACACUCCAA